CGACCUCCGACUCCGUCAAGUUACCCAGAAUCCAAAGGGUGUCAGCCAUCUUGCCGCUCAUCAGGACAGUUUGGCUUUGAUGGACUGAAAGACACCAGACAAACAUGGCGGAACAUUGGGGAACACUCAAGGGCUGGGUCCACGAGAACUUCGUCGACCCGGAGAUGUCCGAUGAGUCGACGGUACGCAGAAGGAAGUUGGCCAGAGCGGAAUCCCUGGCCAGGCCGGUGAGAAGGGUGGAACCAGUUCGGAAGGAAGAGGAUGAGGACAAUAAGGAGGAAGAGGAAAAAGAAAUACCCAAAACACCUGGCGAGCUAGCAAUGAUGCCAGUACACCAGCAGCUUCGGGACAUGAACAAGUUCACAGCGAGGAAAACCAUGGCCCAAGGUUUCCUGGAUAUGGCACUACUGUCAGCGAACGCAUCUCAGAUGAAGUACGUGCUCCAAGUUGGUCCUGUGUCCAUCAUGUACUACUUCCUCCUGUUCUUCCUGACCAUCUCCGUACUGCUGCAGCUGGCAGUGGCCAUGCUGCUACUGCUCAAAACACAGUUUACCGAAGCCGAAGAGACGGACGACGAGGAAAAUCUCCGCAACAGCAAGAAGAUGCACCUGCUGAACAACUGGAUCACCGCCCUGGUCAUCGUCACCAUGGUGGUCAAUGUGUUUAUCACGGCGUUCGGCAUAUCUCCGGCCGGACCUCCUGCCGCUGCCGCUUCGUAAAGUCCACGGAUCCAGCAUAUUCAACCAGCUAGCUGCAGGAACUUCUCUUCAAACCAGUAAGCCUACUGGUGUUGCCGACGAUGCAGUCAGAUCUUUACAAAGCUUAUGAUACAUUUUCAACAAUCAAUGAAGAAAAUAAGUUGUCUCAUUGUGGUUGAAGAUCAGCUUCAUUACUUGCAAGGCAAUAGACCUGUUAACGGUUGAAAAGCAGACGAAAGUAGACAUACCCUAAUUCCCUAAUCACAUACAUGUAUGGUCAUUUUCAGCGAUAACAAUAGAUAAAGAUUGGUUGACAUGUAGUAAGCUUAAGUAAUGAGAUAGCAACACAACAAACCAAAUAAAUGCAGAGUUGUGCACGCAGUAUAUCAUUUGAGGGAAGCUGUAUGAUGUGUAUGCAAAGAGUGGUUGAACUCUAGAACUGUUCGUGCAAUUCUAAAUAUGGAGUGUUCAUGAGUGUAAUGACAAUCUUAACGCUUUAGAAAAAGCAGUGAGUUAAGGGUUUUUCUGGUUGAUAAAACUGCAGGAAGUCGCGACUGUAUAUAUUCUAGGAUUGAAAAAGCAUGAUAUAAGAUUAUUUUUUUAUAAUCUAUUACACUAUUGUCACUUUUGGCACGCUUUUGUACAUGUUUCAUCUAAGUUCGUCACUAGGACUUGAGAUGAAGUUGAAAUUAGAAUUAUUGUAAUGAAACCCAUGGAACCGACUGUCCAUAUCCGUGAAUGUCGAAUUGAAUGUUGAUAUACUUCUAUUCUAGAUCUGUAAAUGACAGAAUAUGAUGUAUCACCAUGAUAUAUAUAUUCACCACUAUUGCUGCUGAGUAGAAGUGCAUACAGCUGCAGUUAUGGAAUAUCAAUAUUCCGUGAGCACUAUAUUCCUAGUAUUGUACUUGUGUUUUGCACAAUGUGAAUACAUGUUCUGUUCUU